AUGAACUACAACUACAACCAUAACAACAGUUCCACGUCACCUCCUUCAGAAGAUCAUCAUUUUGACAAUGAUGACGAGCCAAGGGACCCAAAUGCUUCUUACCAUCCUAUCGCUUGUUCGAGCUGUAGAUGUAUGCACAAAAAGUGUGAUAAGAAACUGCCCAUUUGCAGCGAAUGCUUACUGAGAGGUCGAGAGUGCAUUUACAACAUUCCCAAAAAGAAGGGAAGAAUUCGUGGAGGAAAAAACAAGAAGAAAAAGCCUGAACAGGGACUGGAUUCUAAAACUAUCACAUCAUUUCAACCAAGCAUUCCCACUACAUCAACAACCACAGACACUGUUAUUUCAACAGCAGGCAAAUCUACCACAUGUUCCCCUCAAAUUGAUUUAAUAAGACAACGAUAUGCACAAAGGAAAGAUCCUUAUCCAGUAUCAAACGGAGAUCAAGAUUUAGAAUUACGAAAGCGUCUCACUUCACUAAUUCCUACAACCUUAAAUAACUUAUUAUCUGAAAACUAUUCAUUAUACAAACAAUUCUUGAAAAGAAACACCAUUGAUACAUACUACAACAUUAUUUCUACUGGACAUCCUGUUGUUGCCAAGAAAGUUUUUGAAGACUUCUUGUUCAAUGAUAGUCAACAACAAAAUACAGAGCUCAUGGCCUUGGUUUUCUCGAUACAAGCCCUAGUGGAACAAAGGUUUGGUCGAAAAGAAAGAGCCGUUGAAGAUAUUAACAUUUCAAAACAACUAUUGUCAUCUUUAUUUGACAAGUAUGACGACUUUUUUGUGGUAUGCACAUUCAAUUACCUUUCUUACUAUUUUGCAGGCGAAGGAGAUGACAGCCGAGCAAGAUUUUAUCUUAACACUGUAGAUCACUAUUUUAAUGAUAAGGCAUUGUUGGACCAUGAAGCUCUUUCGCAAGAAGUCAAGAACUUGGACAAGUGGAAAACAGUCACCAAGUUGAGUAUUGAUUCUCAAAACUUUCAUUCCACAGAUGAUGACCACUUUAUGUGCAAUAGACUUUCUCUAAUUUAUAGAUAUGCUACAGGACGACAAAUGCCUGACGAGUACAUGACGAUCGCUCGACAACAAAUUACCUCUCAAAACGUCAUAAGUUACCUAGGAUUAUUGGACAGUGUUUGUUCGUUCCUUACGCUUCACAAUCAAACAUUUUCUUUCACUCCAGAACAACGAGAGUUAUCCUCUAUUACAGAUGCUAUGGUUUAUCACGGAUCUAGAAUGAGAAUUCUGAUAGAAGCAGGAAUUAGAGGACAUCUUAUUGAAGUCUCAGCAAACAAAAUUAUUGAUGAAACAAUGAAACCAACUUUUCCCAUGGUACCUGUAGCUUUGGCAAGUGUUGUUGCAGGUGCUUGCAAAGUGCAUUUAUCCAUAAUACGAAUGAUACGAGUCGGAAAACGUGUGAAUGGAUCCGAUGGAAUUGAUUAUUAUGAAUAUGUGGCUAAGGGUUUAAGGGCUUUGAGAAUAUUAGCAACUCGCUAUGGAAGAGUAUUGAAGUUUUGUUCUAUCAUUAUGAAAGAACAAGAAGAAGUCAUUGAAGGGAAAUUCACCAAAAGUAUCAACUCACUAGAAGAGUUGGCAUCACAGACUUCAGUGACAACCCCACCCUCUCACUUGCAACCCAUUCUAACAAACACUCUCACCUCAAUUCCUGUACAUACUUCUACAACCAGAUUUGAAGAACUACCUUCAUCAUAUACCACUUCGUCCUCCUCUUCAUCCUCGUCAUUUUCAUCUCCGUCACCCUCUUUUGGUGAUACACAUUCCACUUCACAACCACCACCACUUUUAUUCCCUUCGCACCAGCAACAAAUAAUUCCCAAUUCUGCUGCUAACGCUGGAAACGUUUCAUUGAAUGAUCCUUCUGUGUCUGAGCUACUCGCUCAAAUAUGUAACAGUAUCAACAUGGAGACUGCCAAUUCACAACCUUUUAUUUCGAACCAUGUUGUGAGUGCAAACUGUCAGCUUCCUGCUUCAUUCGUUGAGAUGGAAAACCAUUCCCAGCACUUUGAAUCCAACAUGCAGAUGUCAUCAACACAUGGUGGUGUGACAUACGGAACUGAAGUGUUUAUGCCUAGUGAAGAGUUGGAGCAAAUACUUGACUCGUUUGAGCAUGAAAACGUUCAGUACGAAUGA